CCCUCCUCAUGCUCCCGCUCCCACCCCUCCUCCCCGCCUCCACACCACCGACACCACCACACCGCUCGCCGCCGGCGGCUCGCUGCAUCGACACCCGCGGCUCCCCUCUCGUGGUUGGGUUCUCCUCCCCGAGGCGGACCGGGCCGUGCAGCGCGGGACUGCAGGUGGCGCUGAGGUCACCGUCGAGCCCCGCAUCGUCCUUAGUGCUUUGCACCGGUGAUGGCGUCGCCUGGAGGAGACGGAGUGGCCUCAGAUCGGGAGAUCCAGCGGCUGAUGGCGGAGGUGGCGAGGUUGCAGGAAGGGGAGAGGCGGGCGUGGACUGCGGCGACCCGGGCAGCGUGGAAUGCAGAGAUCACGUCGGGGCUGGUGAGAGAAGCUCGUAUGCAUCUGGUGCUGUGAGCCAUGUCGCGGACAAAUCAGGAGGAGCGAGAUCGACUGUUUGCGAGGGGGCAGCCACUCACGCCAGAUCUGAUUCUGGAGUGGGCUUCGGAGGAGGCAUCUUCUACUUCCCGUGCUCAGAGGGCGAAGUGGAGGUUGUUCAGGCAUGAUUCGAGCUAGAUAGUGUAACGUCGUUGGUGCGGAGGAGAUCAGACGUCGCCGGUGUCCCAGGUUUCUUGCUGGCCCAUUCGGGCGCAGAGCCGCUUCCCCACUGCUGAUGCUCACGGCAGGGGGCGGGUUCAAAAUCUGCGCAGAAAGGGCUGUUGAGGGGCCCGGGCAGGUGGGGAUUCCGGUGGAGGAGUUGGCCUCGGUGGUCAACGAGGAGGAGGAGGAGGUGGAUGCGGGCUACUUUGGUCAGCUGUGGGGAUCUCCAUGUUCCCCUCCUCUCCCACUUUCCCCACUUCCCCCCUUCCUCCAGAUCCAGAUCCGGGGCGAUGCUUGGGUGCGAGGCUGGACCCUAAGGAGGAUGAGAUACCAGUCUGGAUCCAGAAAAAGCAGUUUGAGGCCAGAAAUUUCUCUGUGGUAGAUUGUUUCCCUGCGAGUGAAGAAGACUGUCAGUCCAACAACCGUGUCAAUUUUAGCUGUAGCAGCUCGCCGUGGGGAAGAGGACCGCGGCUGAAUUUUGCUGAGAUCCAGGAGAAGGUCGCGAUGGCUAACGGCAGAGGUAGGGGGAGGGGGCGAGGUGCUCGCCCAGCUUCUUCGCAGCAGCAACAGGGGCCGAUGCCAGAGCCGGGGGGGGGGGGAUGCAGCAAUUUGGGUAUCCACCACCGUUCUUUGGCUUCCCUGGGGCUCCUCCGCCGUGGAUGUUUGCAGGAGGCUACCCCCUACCCGACCCCUCCCAUGGUUCUUCAGCAAGGGCAGCAACGGGAGCAGCCAGGGGCCCAGGGUCAGAUGAGGCCGCAGGCAUCUGAUUCUCAGCUGAGGAAACAGGGAAGUGGCAAGCAGCAGGCACUUCAGGGUCAGGGUGGUGUGGCAGGGAAAGAUAAGUUGAAGAGGAACUUGGAUAAAGGAGCAGGUGGAAAUAAGGUUCAGGCUCAAGUGCAGGGGGUGAGUAGCAGGGAGUUCACAGAAUAUGCGCAAGUGACAUGCUUCAAUUGUGGUGACCCAGGACAUCAUCAGGCCGCAUGUGAAUAGCCGAAGAAAUGCUUCAUAUGCAAGGCCACUGCACAUCAGGUUGAGACUUGUCCAGUCAAGAGGAGGCCACAUCAGGUGGCUAAGUACAUUGGCAGUGCUGCCCCAGGCUUGGGAUUUUACCAUGUAGAAGCUCCUGAUCUGGGUUCAAAUGCUCUGGGGAGUAUGAGGAAUUGUGGUAUUGUGUAUGUGGAGGAUGGAGAGUUAUCUAAGGAGGAGUUGAUCAAAGAGUUCUCUGAAAUUUACAAGACCAACUGGCCUUGGCAAGUGAGGGCUUUGGGAAGAUGGUCCUAUGUAGUUAAAUUUCCACCACAUAUUUCAGUGGAGCAAGUAGCUGGAUACCCUUGCUUUGGGCUGACAAAUCCAGAUAUCACUGUGAAUGUGGAGGUGUGGAAAGAAGAAUUAAAGGGCAUGGAAGAUCUCAAGGAAGUUUGGGUCCAGGUUAGAGGGUUGCUUCCAAGAUGGUGUGAGUGGUCUGUCUUAGAUCAAUGCACCUCAGCUUUUGGGCUGUUGAUUGACUUGGACUGGCAGGGGAUGUUUCAGUCUCUGUUUGAAUGUGUUAGAGUUAAAGUUCAGUGUAGGGACCCCACCAAAAUCCCUACUGAAAGAGUGUUUUGCAUUGGAGGAAAAACAUUUAAGGUGAGGAUGACUGUGGAAGUUCCUAUAGUGGAUCUAGUUAGCAAGGAUGCUGAGGUUAAUGGAGGAGGUGAUGAUAAUAGAGAGGAUCCAAGAAACCAGAAAGAUAUGGAUACUGAUGGCUUGGCAAAUCAGAAUAACACUGCUAAUGAUUCUGCUUCUGGAAGUAAUGGAGGGUCCUUAUCUGGAAGAGGAAAUGGCAGUGGAGCUGAUUUCCAGAAAAGGUCUAUUGAUGGUAAUGCUAGUAGUGAGUUUAACAUAUGUUUUGGGGAGGUUCAGGCUCAAGUUUGUGAUGUGGGUUUGGAUAUCUCUUUUGUGAUGCCUAUGGAAAAUCCUGAAAUGGAAGCCACUACCUUCAUUUUCUCUGAAAUGCAGCAAUUGAAUGAGAUGGCUGGGGAACUGGAAGAUCUGGAAAUUGCUACCCAAGAGGUUGGUGUGAUGACCCAGGCUGAUAGCCUCCCUGAGGAUAUUAUGCCCACUUUUCACUCUCUUGGUGAUAAUGAGGUGCUUCAAGAGAAAAAGGUGCCUGAGGAACAGGGGGUUCAGAAAAGGACGAAGCAGAAGAACUGGGGGCCAGUGCAGGCUGCCAGGAAGAGUACUAGAGUUCUUGGUAGUCAAAAUACCAUUGAAAAAGCUCAGCUACUAAAGAUGAAACAAAACCUUGAAAUCCCUACUAUGAGAGGUGUUGGGGCUGGUGUACCGUUAUCUCAGGGAUUGGACCAAGCCGUUUCAAGAUCUCCAGGGGGAAAAUGCAAGAGUUUCAAGCCCUGAUUUGGGAGCGACUGAAGAAACCCUUGAUGCUGGAGCCGGGCUGAUCUGUCGCAAAUGGUUUGAAGGCUCAAAUGGAGAGGAAGGGCUAUGGAGAAAGGUGGUGGGACAGGCUGCUCAAGGAGGGACGGCUACUCUUGAGUACCAACUGCAACACCCGGAGGAAGCUGAUAGUAUUCACGUGGUCAACAUCGGGUGGCAACCUCUUUCGUGCUAGUCUUGCUGGUGUGCGGAUGUACGCCUGUACUCCCGUUUGUCAUGAGCCUUUCAUACUGUCCUGAUCAGCGGGCCUGAGUUCUUUUAGCUGGGUUGUAAUAACUUGGAGUAGCAGUAGAUGGAUAGGUGUUUCUCUGCUUGAACCUGAACUGGUUUGAGUUUUGCUUUGGACCUGCUCGAACUUGUACGCUGAUGGUUUCUCUCUAUAUGAAAUGGAA